UUAAGGUUAGUGUCAUAGUAUUAUUAUGUUAAGAGUAAAAAUGCAAGGAGACAACAUAGAUGUUGUUAUUCAGAGCACUUUUGUUAUAUUCCACUAGAUGGCAGUGUGAGAGACCAGAUGCUUUAUUUUACGCUCUGUAUAUUCUGUUCAGCACUCUCUUUGACUGUUCUGUAUGCCAGUGUGCAUCGAUCGUUGGCUGAGGAAAUUAAAAUUACAAGUUGGCUGAUAUCAGGUAUCCUCAUUUCUUCCCACACCUCCGACAUGGUGUCAGGAGUGGGAUAUUAAUCUUCACAAGGACGUGCCUACUUAAACUGCCGCCUGAAACGUCUUUGAACCAGCGCAAGAUACGACGCUAGCUAAUUAGCAUACCGGACAAGACUAAUUCCUGGAUGUAUUACACCUUAACACAGUGAAUGCAUUUUUUCGGAUUCUGAGAUGGCUGAAAGAUUCCAACCUCCAUGUAUGGACUGGACUAGUCCUGGUGACGUACACAAGAGAUUCAAGCUCUUCAAACAAAAAUGUGAACUCAUUUUUGAGGGUCCACUUUCCGACACAGAAGAAGACAAGAAGGUGAGACUGCUUUUGUUAUGGAUUGGAGAUAAAGGCUUGGAAAUAUACAACACAGCUAUUUUUGCAAAUGAGGAUGACAAACUUAAACUGGACCCAGUGUUUGAGAAACUUGAAGGCUACAGCAGGCCACAGAGCAACUACAUACUUGCUAGAUUUCAACUGAGAUGCUUGAAACAAGGAGAAUUACCACUGGAAGAGUUUGUAACUAAAGCCAGACUAUUGAUUGAUGAAGGAGGAUACGCACAAGAAACAAAAGAGGAAACAUUGAGAGACACACUCGUGUUUGGCCUCAAAUCUGACCAAGUCAGAAGUGAUGCAAUCAAGCUUGGAAAUGCUUUAACUUUUAAACAAGUGUAUGACCUAGCCAAAGUGGAAGAGAGCACCAGAGCUCAGAUGGACAUCAUAAGUAGAGGCAGCAGGCAACCAACAGAUGUUCAUGCAGUGAGAAGCAAGCAAAAGAUGUUUGCAAGCCAACACAAGCAGCAGAAACCUCACAUGAAGGAAAGUGACUUCAGAAAGGGUGAGAAACCUAACAGACAACUCAACACAAGAAAAUUGCAUUUUACACCAAAUGGUUGCUACAGAUGUGGAGGGAGUCAUCAGAGGUCAGAUCCAUGCCCAGCAAAAUCAGCACAAUGCAGAUACUGCGGAAAAACUGGACAUUUUCUGAAAGUAUGUAUAAAAAGAAACAAACAGUUGCAUGAAAUAAACAGUCCAGAUGAUAUACACCACUGUGACUAUGACACAGACAACACACGAUCUUCAGCUACAAUCGGCUCUGUCACCUCAGUUUGUGCAGUUGACACUGCAUGCAAGUUUCCAGAUAAACUGUUCGUCAAAGUUAAGCUAAAUGACAGCUACACCAUGAACAUGAAGAUUGACACAGGAGCAGACACUUGUAUUCUGACAACAGAUGAUCUGCAGACUCUACCAUUUGAGCCACGCAUUACAUCAAGUGAUACCAUACUAAGUGGCUAUGGUGGCAGCAUAAUCAAAAAUGUUGGUGUUGCCGAGAUCAAAGUGUCCUACAAGCAAAAGUCUAUAGUGACAAAGUUCAACAUUGUUAAUGCCCCAUCAGGGAGUCCAUCAAUGCUAGGAUGCAGCCAAGCACAAGAACUUGGGCUGAUAACAGUCAACAUUGACCACUUGAAAUCAAUGUCAACUCUCACCAGAGAAAAAGUAUUGCAAAAAUAUAAGGAAUGUUUUGACAAGAUAGGGAAGUUCCCAGGGGAAAAAUACCACAUUGAGCUUGUGGAUGAUCCUAAACCAGUCAUUCACCCACCAAGAGCUGUGCCUGUACACAUCAUGCCAUUGUACAAAGCUGAACUGGAGAAGAUGAAGGCAGAUGACAUCAUUACUGAAGUCACAGAACCUACGGAAUGGGUCAACUCAAUCACAUGCAGAAUUACCAAAGGGGAAAAUGACCAGCAGAAAAUCAGGCUGUGCCUCGAUCCGAAGGACCUUAAUAAAAACAUUAAGAGAGCGCACUACCCUACACGGACAAUCGAUGAACUUCUACCACUCCAGCACGGGAAAAAAUAUUUCAGUGUCAUAGACACCAAAAAAGGCUACUGGCAUGAGGAGCUAGACUAUGAGUCGAGCCUGUUGUGCACUUUCAACACGCCGUUUGGCAGAUACAGAUUCAAGCGCCUGCCCUUCGGAUUGGUGGUUUCACAGGAUAUUUUUCAGAGGAAGCUUGACUCCAUCUUCAACAACAUUGCCAACGUAUCAGGCAUAGCAGAUGACCUGAUCAUAUCUGGAGCCACUGAAGAGGAGCACGACGAAGCUUUCAUAAAAGUCAUGGAGGCAGCAAAGAAGAACAAUAUUGGUUUUAACUCAGAGAAACUACAGUUUAAGCAGAACAAAGUCAGCUUCUAUGGACAUACACUCACUGAGGAAGGGCUGCUGCCCUCAGAAGACAAACUGCAGGCUAUUAAGGACAUUCAAGCUCCAACCAGCACUAAGGAACUCCAAACACUUCUGGGAAUGGUGACGUACCUUAACAGAUUCUCAACCAAACUGGCAGAGUUAGUUGCUCCACUAAGAGAACUCAAUAAAAAAAAUGUCCACUUCAGAUGGGAACCCCAUCAUCAGCAAGCUCUGGACAACAUAAAAAAAGAACUGUGCACAAAGCAACUGAUCAGCUAUUAUGACUCUGACCCUAAUACCGUAACCAUCCUGCAGUGUGAUGCCAGCACCCUGGGUCUCGGAGCCUGGAUCAGACAAAUUGAUCAGCAUGGGCAAGAAAAAAUUGUUGGUAUGGCUUCCAGAUGUUUGAGCCCCACAGAAUCCAGAUACUCCAACAUCGAGAGGGAGUGCCUCGCAGUUAUGUUUGAAUACUACCUGCUUGGAAGACAAGUAAUGGUGGAAACUGACCACUCACCCCUGGAGCAGAUUUUCAAGAAAAACCUUGCAGAAACUCCCACAAGACUCCAGAGAUUUAUUCUCAGAUGCCUUAAAUUUGACAUUGAGGUUAAAUACAAACCAGGGCGUUCAAUCCCGUUAGCAGAUGCUUUGUCACGAAUCUGCCAAAAGACGACAAAAGAAAUAACUACAAGCAACCAGUCUGAUGUGCAUUUCAUAUCUACUGCUACACGACUGGUGGAUGAUAAAGCUGUCAGAGAAGCAAUGGCGGAUGACCCAAUAAUGAACAUGCUCAAAGACACCAUCUACAAAGGCUGGCCUCAAUACAGGAAGCAGUGUCCACCCGAACUGUGGGAAUAUUGGACAUUCAGAUGUGAUCUUGUUUUGGAAGAUGGCCUCAUCCUGAAAGGUGAGAGAAUUGUCAUUCCAAAAGCACUGAGAAACGACAUUCUGGACAUUCUUCACACUGGUCACCAAGGCAAGACUAAAUGCAUACUGCUUGCCAGAGAAUCUGUGUUUUGGCCAGGUAUUAGCAGCACCAUUAGAGAAAUGGUGAAAGGAUGUCAUGUGUGCAGCAUGUUUCAGCCAGCACAGCAGAAACUACCCAUAAUGCAACCUGACCUUCCAACACGACCAUGGGAAAUACUUGGUUCUGACAUAUUCGAGUUCGACAGCCAUAAAUACUUGAUCAUUGUAGACUACUAUUCUCGUUUUCCAGUCGUGAGACUACUACCUGAUAUAUCUGCUAGGACAGUGUGCACAUAUUUCAAGAGUGUUCUGGGUGAGCAUGGACUACCUUCAACAAUAAUUGCAGACUGUGGCACACAGUAUGUAAGUGAAGAGUUCAAAAAGAGGUGUGAAGAUUCAAACAUCACCUUAAAGUUCAGCUCUCCCUAUCACCAUCAAGCUAACAGUGUAGCUGAAAGAGCUGUAGGGACUGUGAAAGCACUGUGGAAAAAAGCAAAGGAGGACAACACCUGCCCUUACACAGCACUGUGGAUGUACAGAAUAACACCACUGGAUGACAACAUGCCAUCACCAUAUGAGCUGCUAUAUGGCAGAAAACCAAAAUCCUUACUGCCAAUCAGCAAAGGAGCUCUUCUGUCACACCAUCCACAUGCUGACGACCACCUGGAGAUGAACAGGGCAAAGCAAGUGAAGCAGCAGGAGUUUUAUGACAUGCGUGCUGGGAAAGAGAGAAGUGACCUUCAGGACGAGGAGCAAGUGUAUGUGAGGAACACACUAAAAAAGAUAUGGGAGCCAGGCACUAUCUUGAACAGGCCUAAUCCCAUAAGAGAGCCCAGGACAUACCUUGUUGACAUCGAAGGAAAAACCUACCAGAGGACAAGGGAACAUCUCAAACCCAGACAAACAGAGACACCCAGUGGAAAUCGACAGUUAAGAUCACCUCCAACAGAUGAAUCAAUACCAGUUUCUCCACCAUAUCACUCACCAGAAGAUACCACAUCUACCAUAUCUGGCUCACUGGAGAAGACCACUCUUGGUUCCCCACAGAAGUCAGGAGAUGUGGAAAUCUCCGGAGAGAAACCCCCAGUGAUGUACAACAACAGGGGAGGAUAUCAGAUGAGAAGCCAGAGUACUAGAUCUGGGAGGAUUACACGCAUACCACUUAAAUUUAAUGAGUAGAAAAACUUAUACUGUUUUAUAAAGUUAAACGAGUAUGUUAUUAAAAGAGGGGGAUGUCAUAGUAUUAUUAUGUUAAGAGUAAAAAUGCAAGGAGACAACAUAGAUGUUGUUAUUCAGAGCACUUUUGUUAUAUUCCACUAGAUGGCAGUGUGAGAGACCAGAUGCUUUAUUUUACGCUCUGUAUAUUCUGUUCAGCACUCUCUUUGACUGUUCUGUAUGCCAGUGUGCAUCGAUCGUUGGCUGAGGAAAUUAAAAUUACAAGUUGGCUGAUAUCAGACCGUUUUUCAGAGGAGGGUCUCAGCGGGCCUCGGAGCAGAUGAUGGCCUCACCCGUCUGCCUGUGACGGUGUGGAAUAAUGCCGUCUGUGUGGAAGGAGUCCUCACACACUCUUCGGGCUAUUCUGCGGCUGGAAUUCAGAUAAGGAGCUUAUGUGUGAGGACCAAUUUAUUUUUCCCGGCAGGGUGAGAAAGCCUCUGAGACGUGUUUCCCAUUUCACAUUCGCAUGACAGCUGAAGUCUCAAUAAUGAAAUCCUCUCCAAUUGUAUUUACAUCCGGACUCACCGGAGUGAGCCGAGGUGACACGCGAGGUGCUCUGACGGCUGCCUGGAUAAUGAUCAGCCCCAUCAGUCCCUCUGCAUCUUCUCACCUUGUUUAUUUUUUCUUGCUGCCUGUGUUGAAACAAGCCGUCAACAAAGGCGAGGCCUGAUUCUCCACGUGCGCUGUGCACAGCGGGCUGCACAGAGGAAGUAGGUGUUGCUGCAGAUCAACAGGCAUGGAAGGUUUUUUUAAGGAGGCUUCGGGGAGACAAGGUCUGCAGUCGGUGUCAGGUCUGUCUCUUUCAUGAAUCCCUUUAACCCAGAAUCUGUGCUGUUGAGAGGAAGCAGCUGAUUCACGGUGGAGAUGCAGACAGGAGCGCAAACUGCUGCUGACAGAGGCUCAAACCAUUUAUUUAUCCUCUCAAGAGCUCCACAAAACCUGAGUCCUUCUAUAAAAAAACUGCCGCCUUGUCUCCUAACGCGAAUUUUGAUCUCUGGCUGUUUGGGUUCUUUAGUUCUGAUGUCAAGGGUAUUAGGAGUCCAAAAAGUGGCUGAACGGCUGCUCAAAGCUGCAUGUGGCAAAUUUUGAAUAAAAAAAUUCAACUGGCGGCUCUCUGUAGGUUUUAUCUCCAUAGCAACCAUUACAUUUUGUGGUCACCUAUGGUUGAUGAACAGGUCUGUGUCAUUUUUAGGAGAAUCGGCAAAAGUAAAAAAAUUUAUUUCCUUGGCAACGGAGGUUUUUUGUUAGCCAAACCCACUUUUCCUCAUUCAGGAUAAAACUUGCCUCAAAUUUAGCAUGAACGCUGCAAACCCUAGAUACCACAUCUUCACUUUUCUGUGGAAUUUAACUACAAAUAUUGCAAGAAAAACCAAGGACCUGGGAAGAUGUUCAUCUUCAUCCCAAACAAUAAAAUGUUCUUUAUCAAUGUGUUUCUUCAUCAGCAUCACCAGAAAGGUCUGUUUGGUGGUUUGUUUGCAUGUCUGUUGACCUCAAUCGUUUGUUAGUUUCCAUCCAUGUUUCACGGUUUUCUGCUCUGUCUUUCGUUACCUCUUUAUGUCCCACUAGAAUGUAAGAUAAUAAAACAAAAUAAAAACUGAAAACAGCUUUACAUAAUCA